UGAAUACAUUAAAAAGUUGUUUGGUGACUUCCGACGAAAGUCGGAAUUUCUUUAUUCUAAAUGUAGUGAAAGUCUAGAAAAUGUAAUGUUUGCACAAAAAAAGGAAGCCUUGAUCUCGAUUUGUUUUCUCAAUCAAAAAGGAAUCCUAGCGAACAUCUCCAGUAUUUGUCGAGUGAUUGUUUCAACAACUUCUUUUGCCGGACCAGUGUGUUUUUUUUAGCAACAGCAAUCACAGAUUUGUCGAAAAUAUCUUCCAGUUAACAUCAAGGAUAAUGGCGAAGGGGAGUCUACAAUAAUGAUGUUAAAUUAAUAACAUGCAGUGCGAGUUUUCUAUGGCUGCCAUUGAGGAUGAGGACAGUGAAAGUGAAGAAAAUGUAAGACCAAGUGCUGGAAGAUGCAAUGGAGGAAACCCUAAUGCUCUUAGAGAAAUCACAAUCAGCGCUACUGCCUCAACUGCAAAAGUGAAAAGUGAUUUAGCCAGCGGAGCUGAAAUCAAGUCCAUUACGUCAUAUUCUGGUAGUAGAACAGCUGUUAGGCCGCUUACAGCAAUGGGCAAGAAUAGAUCAAAUGCCGGCUACCAAAUCGGUCGACGGAAGAAGCUCUUCGAGAAACGGAAGCUGAUCAGCGAUUUCGCCCUCGUUUUCGGCAUAUUCGGUAUCAUCGUCAUGGUUAUAGAGAGUGAACUGGCAAGCUACGGUUUCUACACCAAAUCAUCGUUAUAUUCUUCCACCUUGAAAACGCUGAUAUCAGUCUCAACCGUGGUGCUUUUGGGUUUGAUAGUGACUUACCAUGUCUUUGCAGUCCAGAUAUUUCUCAUACAAAAUUGCGUGGAUGAUUGGCGGAUCGCCAUGACGUGGAAACGAAUAAUUAUUCAAAUAACUUUGGAAUUGCUCGUCUGCGCCGUCCAUCCAAUUCCUGGCGAACUAAAUUUUUUUUGGACGAGUCAGGACAUCAUCGGCUUGGGUGCAGCAAAGAAAAUGACCCGGCUGAAGAUUGUCGCAGUUGUUUAUAAGUCCGUUGUGGUAAAAAAGCGUUUGCAGGGAGAUGCCACAUUUUUGGGCAGUAGACCAACAAGUAUCACCACUGUUCACCCGAUAGCCACGAGUGCAGUCUUUUGA